UACUAUAUGGCAGCAACAGACAAAGGGCUGUAGGAUGAUAGAGGGCCAUCUGAAGAAGUCAGGAGAUACUAUCAGAGCUAUGUUGAGUUGGGCCAUUUGGAUCCAGCUGGAUUUGAGUUACGAUGUGGAUUUGAACAGACAAAAAGUGGAUUUAUACAUUAACAUGUCUAAAAGGUGGAUCCAUGUGGUCUGCUGGUAGAUCGUGAUUGCUCCAAAGUCUCAGAUGAGGAAAACCCUGACUGCUCCAGAGUAGUGAGCUGGAAGUGUUGACCUCUGUGCUUCCUCCAGCUUGGCACUAUGGGAUCAUCCACACUGGGAAAGGCAGCAUCUCUUGAUGCUCUCUUAAAUGAAUGCAUUCAUGCAUUUGACGACAAUGGGGAGCUGCAUUCCAACCUGCUUCCUCGCAGCCUGCUGCUGAUGCAUCGCUGGUACGUUACAUCCUCAGAACUUGCGGGAAAACUACUGAUGAUAUACCGUGACUGCAAAGGUGACAGCUGCCAGAGAACCAGGCUGAAGAUUUGUUAUUUAAUGAGGUACUGGAUUGUGACAUUCCCAGCAGAGUUCAACCUGGACUUGGGUCUGAUUCGGAUAACAGAGGAGUUCAGAGAUGUAACUGCUCAGCUUGGCUGUGAGGAGCAUUUCAAGCUCCUUGACAUCUCUACCAUUCCAUCAUAUGACUGGAUGCGGAAGUUGACCCAGCGCAAGAAGCAGGUUAAAAAAGGCAAGGCGUCACUACUGUUUGACCACCUGGAGCCUAUGGAGCUGGCUGAGCAUCUCACAUUCCUGGAGUUCAAGUCCAUACGGAGGAUAUCGUUCACUGAUUACCAGAGCUAUGUGAUCCAUGGCUGUCUGGUGGAUAACCCGACCCUGGAGCGCUCCAUUGCCCUGUUCAAUGGGGUCUCGCAGUGGGUCCAGCUCAUGGUGCUUAGCAAGCUAACAUCUCAGACACGUGCAGAGGUGAUUACCAAAUACAUCCAUGUGGCUCAGAAACUUCUGCAGCUGCAGAACUUCAACACUUUAAUGGCGGUGGUGGGGGGGCUGAGCCACAGCUCCAUUUCUCGACUAAAGGAGACUCACUCUUUUCUGGCUCCAGAGGUUGUGAAGAUCUGGAGUGAGAUGACCGAACUGGUCUCUUCCAACAACAACUACUCCUGCUACCGAAAGGCUUUCAACGAAUGCCAGGGCUUUAAAAUUCCCAUCCUGGGCGUGCAUCUGAAGGACCUGAUUGCAGUGCAUGUAGUCUUCCCUGACUGGGUUCAUGACAGCAACAAGGUGAACCUGGUGAAGAUGCAUCAGCUCUACCUGACCUUCAAUGAGUUGGUGUCAUUGCAGAGCGCAGUGGCCCAAGUGGAGCCCAACAUGGACCUCAUCUACCUGUUAACGCUUUCUUUAGACCUUUAUUACACUGAAGAUGAGAUUUAUGAGCUGUCAUUGCUGAGGGAACCGCGAAACCCCAAAUCAUUGCCUACCUCUCCAACAACUCCCAACAAGGCCCUGGCCCCACUGGACUGGGCCUCUGGUGUCACCACUAAACCAGACCCAUCUGUGGUCAAUAAACACAUCAGGAAGGUGGUGGAUUCUGUGUUCAGGAAUUAUGACCAUGACCGUGAUGGCUACAUUUCUCAAGAGGAUUUUGAGAGCAUCGCUGCAAAUUUCCCCUUCCUGGACUCCUUCUGCGUUUUGGACAAAGACCAAGAUGGAUUGAUCAGUAAGGAUGAGAUGAUUGCGUAUUUCCUGCGGGCUAACCCUCUGCUCCAGUGUAAAAUGGGUCCAGGGUUCAUCCACAACUUCCAGGAGAUGACGUACCUGAAGCCCACCUUCUGUGAACACUGCGCCGGAUUUCUCUGGGGAAUCAUCAAACAGGGCUACAAGUGCAAAGACUGUGGCGUUAACUGUCAUAAACAAUGCCGGGAGCUGCUGGUUCUGGCCUGUCGAAAGCUGAUCCGCUCCAGCUCUCUAGGCAACGUUUCUCCAGCCAGACUGACCCACAGCUCUCUGCCCAGCAGCCCGGCACUGCCCACAUGUACAGAUGAAGAUGAGGUGUUUGAGUUCCCAGCCGUCACAUCAGCGGGUCCAGCUCUGGACACUCAGUCCAUCACCCUGAUGACUGGCUCAGCCCAGAGGAUCUCUGUGCGCCUGCAGAGGGCCACCACCAGCCAGGCCACCCAGACCGACCCCCUGUGGCCCGAACACAGCUGGGGAGCCACAGACAGCGGCUCCCACACCUUCCCCAAAAUGAAAUACAGGACUCACAGAAAAGCUUCUAAAAAUAAAGGUUUUGCCCGCUGGGAGAACCAGAAGGACCAGCCAGUGUCUUCUCGGUGCGGCAUGGAGUCUCAGGAGAAGUCAGGCACUUCAGGAGAGCUUGUACAGAAUGGGAUUACACACAGAGGGAAGGACAGCUGACUUGGUCAUUUUGGCGAUGUCCAGUCCCGGGCGUCCAGAAAGUCCCUAGUGGCUGGGACCAGAAAGCUCUUUUCUCUGGGAGAUGUGCUGGGCUGCCUCAGGUCCCCCUUCAGUGACCUGGAGUUAUCAUGUCCUCUCUAGACUUCAGCACAGGCAGAGCUGCAUGUGGACGCCAUGUAGCUGCAUUGAAGGACAUAAUGAGUGGUCUCUAGGACAGGUCACAAAGAUGGAGAGCAGUUCUGUGGAUGGAGUAAUGGACCAGUCUAAGACCUACUGUGAAUGACACCUCCAUCCUGUGCACCGUAAUAGGCUGGUGAUCAGUGUAGAUUACCAGGAAGUACUGUAACUUAGGUUUGAGUUUGAUCGAAUAUGUACAUAGCAUCAGCAUUUGAGAAACUGAGCUAGAUUUAAAUUCCAACUUAGUGACAGUUUGAUAAUGUAAAAGCCUGAUCUGGAGAAAGCAUCAGGCAAGUUCUAUGUCACUUCCAGAGUUGGAAUGAUCAGAAAGAGCGAGAUGUAUAUGCGAAUGUGUAGAUAUUUGAAUGGCGAGUUGCAAAAAAGGGAAACUGAAAGUGAAUGUUAAGGGCAUUCAACCCUCCCGACAUAAAGAGUGUUGAAGAUGAAUAGUACUGAAAAACAGUGGAUUGUUAAAUUAUGGUUUGUUUGUUUUUUUUUUUAGCGUUGACUGUUUAUGUUUUUAUUUAUUCCUACAUUAUCAGCACCUGACAACCACAGUGUGGUUAACCCUCCCACUGGUUAUACUGUAGGUCCAGUGUUUAGGAUUUAGAAGAAUCAAGCUGUGUGCUCACAUGACUGAAUCUUUUCCUGAGUGCCAAGCGUGUAGGAGAACUGGAAUGUUAAGUUUGUCUGUUCUGGGCCACUGUAGAAACAACAUGGUUGACUCCUUAGAAGAGGACCCACUCUGUAUGUAGAUAUAAACGUCUCUUUCUGAGAUUACUGAGAAAACACAACAGUCCUUAAUUUUAGGUCAU